UUCACCUUAUGUGCCAUCUCGGCAUCUCCUCUUGCGCUGCUCUCCAGGUUCCAACUGCAAACGAUAAAAAUGGAAGCUUUUUCUUCUCCUUUAUCCUUUUACCUUUUCUUUUCCUUGGAUUCCAAGGAAGUUGUGAAUUCUUAUCAUGGGAAGAGCUUAACGGUGUUCAUUACUUGAAACUGAAAGUAGGGUUUUUUGUCCCUCUCUCUCUCUCUCUCUCUCUCUCUGUGGAUUAUCUCAACUGGUUUCUGAUUUCUUUGUUCACAAAAAGGAAAGAAGCUAGAUUGAAGCUGUAAAACUGGGAAUUCUUUACUUGGUAUUUCUGCAUUUCACCCUUUUUAAGGCCCAGCCGUCCCUUCUUUCUCUCUUUCAAUUCAAUCUCUCUCUCUCUCUCUCUCUCAAUUCAAUCUAUGGGAAGAGCAACCAGGUGGCUAAAGGGCUUGUUCGGGAUAAAGAAAGACAAACCAAAAAAGGACAGCACCAAUCCCGGUGACCGGAAAGACACGAAUAGCUGGAGCCUUGGCCACUCGGGGAGAGACACCGGUCCGCUGUGUCAGAAUCCAGCGACCAUACCACCAAACAUUACGCCGGCCGAGGCUGCUUGGCUCAAAUCCUUCUACCAUGACACCGAAACCGGCGAAACGGAGCAGAACAAGCACGCAAUCGCCGUCGCGGCCGCCACUGCCGCCGCCGCAGACGCAGCCGUCGCAGCAGCUCAGGCGGCAGUCGCGGUCGUCAGGCUCACUAGCCAGGGCCGAGGCACCAUGUUCGGUGGCGGCCGGGACUGGUGGGCCGCCGUCAAGAUUCAGACCGUUUUCCGCGGAUUUUUAGCCAGAAAGGCGUUGAAAGCUCUGAAAGCACUGGUGAAGCUUCAAGCUCUAGUUAGAGGGUAUCUGGUGAGGAAACAAGCCGCUGCAACGUUCCAUGGAAUGCAAGCUUUGAUACGAGCACAGGCGACUGUUCGUGCCCAGAAAUCGCUCGGAUUAUCCUUCAACACUAACAAUUUUCAUCCACAUUUUAGAGCAAGAAAAUCUAGCGAAAGAUUUGAUGAUACGAGAAGCGAGUACAUUUCACGAAUUCAUAGCAGAAGGCUUUCGGCUUCUUUCGAUGCCACAAUGAACGGAAAUUAUGGCGUAGAUGAGAGCCCCAAGAUAGUGGAAAUGGACACCGGGAGGCCCAAAUCAAGAUCCCGGCGGACGGACGCCUCGCCGUCGGAUUCCGGCGAGGACCCGUUCGGCCAUCCGCCGCCGUCGCCGCUCUGCUGCCGGAUCCUCCGAGACGAUGACUGCCGCUUCUCCACUGCCCAGAGCACGCCCCGCUUCGUCAAUUCCACCGGACAAGUCACCCCUGCGAAAAGCACCUGCACCGACGGCGGCGUUUACCGGCAGUACGCCGGUUUCCCGAACUACAUGGCGAAUACACAGUCGUUCAAGGCGAAGCUGAGGUCUCAGAGCGCCCCGAAACAGCGGCCCGACGCGGGGUCGUCGAAGAAGAGGCUUUCGUUGAACGAGAUGAUGGAAUCAAGAAGAAACAGCCUGAGUGGGGUCAGAAUGCAGAGGUCAUGUUCACGAGCCCAGGAGGUGAUCAAUUUCAAGAACGCUGUGAUGGGCAAUCUUAACAGGUCUUCAGAAUUUUCUCGAGAAAAGGAGAGAGAUUUCGGUUUGCCGAGAAAGUGGUGAGAAAGACAUGAGAAUGUGUGUAAAGUACGUGCAAGGAAGAUGUGAUUAGAGUUUCCCCCUUUGCUUUUCCUUUUGAGUUUAAGGUUUAAUGAUGGUAUACUAGGUAAUCAUCUUUAAAUCAUUGCAGAUCUCUUGCUUUGUCUAAUCAUUGCUUCUUGAUUUGACUUCCUCAAAACGAAUCCAGCAGCAGCAGAAAGCUCUAAGCUGCUACACUAUUUGUAAUUCACUAAUUAAGUGUAGUCAUUUGGACUCGAUAAUCAAACUGAACCAAUGUAAUUGACCUGAUUUCAUUCGGGAUUUUUCUUAA